CACAUACCUCCUCCAAGGCGCGGACAUCAAGGUGUUCUAGAAGGAGCUGCUCUUGUCCUCUGGUCAGAUGUUCUCCUGCAUCUCACUGCUGACGACAUCCUCCUCCUCCUCCUCCUCACCCUCCUCAGUUGAUGAGAAUCUUUAGCAUCCUGCUUUGCGGCGGUAAAGCACACAUUGGACCGAUCUGGACUUUCCACCAUGACAGCCAGCAAGGAGCAGCCGAAGCAGAGAGCCAAUAAUCCCCCGCAGCAGGACGAGGAUCUUGGUGGGGUGAGUCCGCCUCAGAGGAACUGGAAGGGCAUUGCCAUCGCCCUUCUGGUCAUCCUGGUGGUCUGCUCCCUCAUCACUAUGUCAGUCAUUCUCCUCACACCAGCUGACAGCCAAGCUGGAAGUGACACCAAGCUGACAGUGGAGGAUCUCUUUAAGCCGGAGUUCCAGGUCCACGACCCAGAGGCUAAUUGGAUCAAUGAUUCUGAAGUUAUUUACAGAAACAGCGAUGGUCAUGUCGUCAAGUUCAACAUCCUCACUAACGAAACAGAGAUUGUCCUGUCGAACGCAACAUUUGUGAAUUUCAACGUGGCCAAAUACUCUGUGUCCCCUGACCUGAAGUAUGUGCUCUUUGCUUAUGAUGUCAAACAGGUUUAUCGACAUUCGUACAAGGCUUCGUACAGCAUCUAUAAUAUUCACACAAGGGAGGUUUGGGAACUGGAUCCUCCAGAGGUGCUGAAUUCAGUCCUCCAAUACGCUGCCUGGGGAGUGCAAGGCCAACAAUUGAUCUACAUAUUUGAAAAUAACAUUUACUACCAGUCAGACGAGAAGAGCAACUCCCUCAGGCUGACGUCCUCAGGGAAGGAAGGAAUCAUCUUUAAUGGGAUUGCUGACUGGCUCUAUGAAGAGGAGAUUCUUCAUACUCAUGUGGCACACUGGUGGUCACCUGAUGGAGAGAGGUUGGCCUUCCUGGUCCUUAACGACAGUUUGGUGCCCAACAUGGUGUUGCCUUGCUUCACAGGCAUGACAUACCCCAAAGGAAAGCAGUACCCAUACCCCAAGGCAGGCCAACCUAAUCCUGUGGUGAAGCUUUUUGUGGUCAAUCUUUAUGGGCCGACUCACACCCUGGAACUUACUCCUCCAGACAGCCUCAAACUGCGGGAACAUUAUGUGACCAUGGUGAAAUGGAUCAGUAAGAUCCAUAUGGCUGUCAGGUGGUUGAACCGGGCUCAGAACAUUUCCAUCCUGACUGUGUGUGACACCACCACAGGAGCCUGCGUCAUGAAACAUGAAGAAACUUCAGAAGUGUGGCUUUCCAAACAGAACCAAGAACCAGUGUUCUCCAAAGACGGAAAACGAUUCUUCUUGACUGUUCCAGUUAAACAAGGCGGGCGUGGAGAGUUUCUUCACAUUGCUAUGUUCACCACACAGUUCCGAGCAGAUCAAAAUGAAGUACGACAUUUAACAUCAGGAAACUGGGAAGUGACAAAGAUCCUUGGCUAUGACGGAAAAACCGACAAUCUUUAUUUUCUCAGUACGGAAGGUUCACCACAAAGGCGACAACUCUACAGUGUUAAAACUGUAGGAUUGUUCCCACGAUGGUGUUUAACAUGUGAGCUCAAUAAAGCCCACUGUACGUAUUUCGAUGCUGCCCUGAGCCCCACAUACCAUCACAUCAUCCUGCACUGUAAAGGUCCUGGAGCACCUGCAGUCAUCUUGCACAGCCUCAACACUUCAAAUUACUAUGUUCUAGAAAACAACUUCUUACUGAGGGCAGCUAUGAACUACAAAAGGAUCCAACUGACAGACUUCAGAACAGUCCCAAUCCAACAUUUUGAUUUACCUUUGAAAAUCUCGUAUCCACCUGACUUCUCGGAAUCACGUCACUAUGGACUCCUCUUGAUCAUCGAUGGCACCCCUGGUGGUCAAGCUGUGAGUGACCGCUUCAGUUUGGGCUGGGAUUCCGUGCUGGUCAGCUCAGACAACGUCAUCGUGGCUCGCCUGGAUGGGCGGGGAAGCGGCUUCCAAGGCCAGAGGGUUCUUCAUGAGGUCCACCAGAGACUGGGAACUGUGGAUGUUCAGGACCAGAUCGCUGCAGUGGAAUACAUGAUGAAGUUUCCAUACAUUGAUAAAACACGCAUAGCAGUUUUUGGAAAGGGUUAUGGAGCCUACAUUGUAUUAAUGAUGCUCAAGUCGACAGAUAGUCUAUUCAAAUGCGCAUGUGCAAUGUCACCCGUCACAGACUGGAAACUGUAUGCAUCCGCCUUCUCUGAGCGGUAUCUUGGCAUGCCUCCACUGGAUGACAGCAGAUACCAGUUCUCCAGUGUGCUGCAAAAUGUUCAUGCGCUACGAGAGCAGACGUUGAUGCUGGUGCACGGCACAGCAGAUGCUAACAUCCACUUCCAACACACAGCUGAGCUUGUCAAGAAUCUGGUGAAAGUUGGCGCAAACUACUCAAUGCAGCUCUACCCAGACGAAGGUCACUUCCUGUCGGAUCAGAGCCAGCAGCACCUGUAUGCCGCGCUCAACCACUUCUACAGGGACUGCCUGAAGGAGUCGCUCCUGCCACCGACUGAUGACGAAGAGGAAGAGGAAGUGUAAGAUCAGGCUUUAAGUAGAUCUAUUUUGGACCAACACAUGGUGGAAAGGACACAUGUUUGUUAAAAAAGACAACUUCUGGACAUCGGAGAUGAAGGUGACACUUUUUACUGAGGCAGGAAAUAACCUUUACAGCAAAGCACACUGAAUACCGUCGCCAUCGUUUGCGGGAUGACUGAUCAUCCACAUCAUCCAAGUGCAUGCUGGGAAUCCACAGAUAACACUUGUCUCUCUUGUGGAAGACACUUUGCUCACAUCUUCUGCACAGUAUAUGAAAUAUAUGUACAUUCUCAUUCAUACGUCAUCAUUCAAAUCCUGAAUGGACGCAACUCAACUCUAGUUUGUUGAAGACCUUUAACCUUUCAUCCAAGACAUUUCUUCGCUUCUAAAUUUGAAGUGAGGAUUUCCUCUAUGUGUUCUUGGAGUGGUCGCAUUAGGGUUGUUAUUUUCGUUGUUGUGUUCCACAGUGGAUGGGGAACAACUGUCCUGCAUAACAAUUAAUCUCUAUUCUGCCUGGUGGCAAAACAACUCGUCAGUGGAAUGAGACAAUCUUUGGGAAAGAGAUGUCAGGACUCUGUUAGAUGGCGAUGAUAGCUGAUGACAUAAACUUCUAGUUUGACUUCUUGAUCAAAGAUGCUUUUUUUUAAACCAGCAAUCAUUUUCCAAAACUUGGACAUCUUGGAAUGUUUCUUCUUUUUCAUAUGCAAAUCAAUUGCUGACUGGCGCCUGAAGUAACUGCCCUCUUAUGCUGUGCCAUUUCUUUGUGGAAGAGGCGUAUGGUCUCUUUGAUGUAAAAUGUAUUGCAGUACUAUACUACACUGUACUGCAUUAACAAUAUUAAUACACUUUACCAAUGAUUCACAAACUUUAGUGGUACGCGGACUCCAUCGAGUGGUACACCAAAGAAUCGCUUGAUUUCCAAUAUUUAUAUACAGUGUUACUGUUCAAACUGUGUGUAUAAUGUUACAGUGUCCAAAAAUAUGAACUAUACUUGUUAAAUUCAACCUCUGCUUUGUUUAUAAUGAAUAUCUAGGCGUACUACAUUACUGUAUUUUAAUGUUGGACAUUAUGAUGGUACUUAGAGACCCAAGUGUUUUCUGAAGUGGUAUUUGGUGAAAAAAGUUUCAGAGCCACUUCUUUACUGCAUAAACAAGAUUUAUAUAACACACUAUAUUGCAUACGCAACAUUUCGACACUACACUGUACUACAUACAUUGUUAUAUAAUACAUUGUAGCCUACACAACAGUAAUAAACUGCAAUUCACAUCAUAAAUAUUUAUAUAAUACACUGUACUGCAUGAACAACAUUAAUACACUAGACUGUACUGUUUACACAACACUGCUACACUACACUGUACAACAUAAACAAUAUUACUAUGUUACACUGUACUACAAACACAACAUUACCAAACUACAUUGUACUCCUGCAUAAACAAUAUUAACACAUUACAACUUACAACAUUAAUAUUUAUAUAAUACACUGUAGUGUAUACUAGAGUUGAAACGAUACCAUGAGACGGAAUCGUCACCAUAUUAAGGCCAUGGUUGGUUGGUUGGUUAAAAUUUAUUUCAAACAUAUAUAAAUAAAUAAAUGGGUCAUACUUGUAUAGCGCUUUUCUACCUUCAAGGUACUCAAAGCGCUUUGACAGUAUUUCCACAUUCACCCAUUCAUUCACACACUGAUGGCGGGAGCUGCCAUGCAAGGUGCUAACCAGCAGCCAUCAGGAGCAAGGGUGAAGUGUCUUGCCCAAGGACACAACGGACGUGACUAGGAUGGUAGAAGGUGGGGAUUGAACCCCAGUAACCAGCAACCCUCCGAUUGCUGGCACGGCCACUCUACCAACUUCACCACGCCGCCCCAGUGUCAGUAUCAGUAUGCUACAUCACAUAUUUUACAUAUUUAAAUUUUUUCUUUACAUGUCCAAAAAGGAGUAGGAAGAAGCAAAGCUUAUUUAAUCCUACCCCUUUUUCACUUGAUAGCAAUUACUAACACAUAUGUUCACCUACUGUUCUCAAUUUGUACACAAUUAACAUCACUGUGUUCUAAAUACAUCAGUUCUUCUCAUAAGUAGUUAAAUCAUGGUACAAUAUGAGUGUGGUAUUGUCAAAAAAAUAAAUACUUGGAAAAAUAUAUCAUAGUGUGUAAAACAAGGUGGCAGCAACGUUAAGGAUGAACACACACUUACUGUAACUGAACACAUACAUAAUGAUCAAAUGUUCUAAUCAUAUUUAUUACUGCAAACAAGCAUAUUAAGUGUAAAUGAGUUAAGUUGUCUUUAUUUGAGAAUCAAAAAACGGCGUAAUGUACGAUAACACAGUGAAAUUAAAAUAGAACACCUGACAAUAUAAACAAGGAAUACACGUUGUAGACAAUAAUGUUGCCAAAUGCCGUGGCCCUACACAAAAUACAGUGAUACAGAACAUGAAGAAAAAUGAAAUAAAGGUCUUAAUUAAACAACAUAAACAAUAAACAUACUUGUCUGCCGUCACAUGGACGCCUACCUCUCAAGGGAAGUAGAAGGGCGUGUCCAACACAUAUAGGUGGGGGUCACAAAUAUUUAUGCAGUAGGGGGCACACGGUGAGACAAAGGUUCCACACAUUGACAUAUUGUACACAUUUUGUGUAAUUAUAACAAUAAUAAAACAUUAUAUUAUGCAAUAUAUGUAUACUAUAUUACUACACUACAAUGUACUGCAUAAACAAUAUUAAUACACAACACUGUAUUGCCUAAACAGGCAGGGUACGGGGGUAUCCCCCCUAUUAACAGGAGAAGUGAGACACCUCCUUCCCUUCACUAGCCUAUAGGACACUCUUGGGCAAGGCGGAUUACCCACUUAGGCUCCAGAUAGUAUUUGGACUGAUCGACUUUUUGACGUGCCAGACAGAAGAUUAUGUGGUGUGGCCUGGGCAGAUGGAGCACUUGAGCAGUGGAAGUGCAGUCGUCUAAGGGGAAAGAAAACCCUGGACACACAAAACCCGCGGGGCGGUCCCCUGUAAGGCGCAUCUCGACUGAUUGAGUUUUCAGGCAGGACGCUGCAGCCAACCACCAAGCCAGUCAUCGCAGUCUUCUCCUGUGCUAUCAGGUUCCUCAGCGCGUGGCCGUGACAGUAGGCUGGGGUUCAUGCACCCCCUUCCCACGCUAAGCUUCCUUAGCAUAUGUUUAUUGUCUGUUCGUGUGGCUUCCAGCGUGAUCUUUGUGGCCCGUCUCCUGCAAAAGAAGUGUUGUGAGCAACACUGGGAUCUGUACUUUGUCUUUGUCUACCUCAAAAAGGCCUUCAAUACAGUAAACCUGCUGUGGAACAUCUGCAGCAGGCUUCCCUACAACCUUACUGGUCGUCCUGCAGCAGUUCCACAACGGUAUGUGUGCCCAAGUCUCCAUGGCAGGUGCUGAGUCAAUCAGCUUCACCGAAGACGUCAGUGUGAGGCAGGGCUGCGUCCUGGCUCCGGUCAUCUUCUAACUGUUCCUGGUUUGAGUUACUCUCGCCUCGCCUCCUGACCUCUAACCCGCAGAUGGUGUCACACUCCAGUACCGCCUUGACGGCAGUCUCUUCAACCUCUGGCAUCUUCAGGCCAAGAUGAAUAUCUCCCCGGAGAUAAUUUUCAAUCUACUGUACGCAGGUGAUGUAGCCUUCCUCAGCCACAGCCCAAGUGGUCUGCAGCGCAGUCUCAAUGUCAUCACUGAGACUUAUCAUCCUGCCGGCCUCGUUGUCAACAGCAAGAAGACUGAAGUCCUCCCUAGUGUGCCAAUUUUCACCAUCAGCGGCAUGCAGUUGAAGAACAUCAGCAGCUUCACCUACCUGGGAACCAACUUGUUGUUUUCCUGUAACCUGUCUGAUGAGAUCCAGUGUCGCAUUAAACUCGCCUCAGCCUCUUUUAGUUGUCUCAACGAUCGGGUCUUUGACAACAGGAACCUCACAAUCAGCACCGAGAUCGCUGUCUACAAUGCAGCUGUAAUUUCCACCUUCUUCUAUGGCUGCUAAGCGUGCGUUCCCUACAGCUGACACGUCAAGCUCCUGGAGUCUUUCCACAUCAGACGACUCCAGCAGAUCCUCCCUCUGUUGGUGGGAUGAGGUGACUUACGUUGAGAUCAGAAGAAAAGCAGGGAUUACAUCAUUUGAAUCCUUGUUCCUCCGUCGUCAACUCCGCUGGCUUGGCCAUGUCAUCAGAAUGGCCGCCGAACAUCUGACUCGCCGAGCUCUGUAAGGCCAACUCGCCAGAGGUCGCCUGAGAGUGGGAGGCCAGAAGAAACGCUGUAAGGACCACGUCAAGGCCACCCUCAAACGUUGCAACAUCCCCUUCAGCGGGCUGGAAACCCUUACAGCCAACAGAGAUAUCUGGCGAGCCGCCUGCAUCGAAGGCAUGUUGCACUUCGACAAGGAGUACGAUCGCACUGCUGCUGGACGUCGUGCUCAGAGAUACCAGCAGUGUCCGACCUGCAUUCGAAGUUGUCGCUCAUGCAUUGCACUCCUCAGCCACCAGAGGAGUCACAGAAACAACUAUUAGAGACAGAGGAGAGGAUCUCGCCAGCUACUGACAUUCAACAGUGAAUGAGUUAAUAAUAAUAGACUUAGACUUAGACUUCCUUUUUAUUGUCAUUCAAAUUUGAACUUUACUAUACUUUAAUAUACUUAUAUAUUACCGGUACAUUAUACUGUAUUAACAAUAUUUCUACAAUACACUGUACUGUAUAAACAAUAUUACUACACUCCAUGGCAUACACAUCAUCAUUAUGCUACACUGUACUGCACUACCAAAAAUAUUGCACUACAUUGUACUAAAACAACAUUACUACACCACACUGAACUGCAGUGUUUUUCACCCAUAGGGCCGCCAAAAAAUAUAUUAUUCUCAGCUGUGGUCUGUAUGGGCCGCAGUGGUACUCAGAUGUAAUACACCUUGUCACCACUUGUGGCAGUAAUGACAAUCUCAAACAAAAAUCUGGAGCAAAAGUCAUAGAAUAGUUUCUUAUACGGAAAAAAGAUGGCUAAAGUGGUGAAUCUGCAUUUGCACUUUAAUUUUAUUGACAUUUUAGUUAAAAAACAUAUUUGUUAUUAAUUUAGUUUAUUUAUUUUAGUACAACAUAGUUGUAUUAUAAUUUACUUUUUAUGCAGUAUAUUUGGUUAGUACUUAUUUUCCUAAUCAGGCUGACCUAAGCCUAAAGAUUGUGUGUUAAAUAAAUAAUAAUCUUUGUGAUCAACACAUGUUUUCUUAUCAUUUGACGAGGUUGUUAACUGCAAGUAGGUUAGAUAUAAUUAUUAAAUAUGAUUAAAGGCCUACUGAAACCCACUACUACCGACCACGCAGUCUGAUAGUUUAUAUAUCAAUGAUGAAAUCUUAACAUUGCAACACAUGCCAAUACGGCCGGGUUAACUUAUAAAGUGCAAUUUUAAAUUUCCCGCCACACUUCCGCUUGAAAACGUCUCAGUAUGAUGACGUAUGCGCGUGACGUAGCCAGUUUAACAGAGGUAUGGCUUCCCCAUUGAAGCCAAUACGAAAUAGCUCUGUUUUCAUCUCAUUCCACAGUGUUCUGGACAUCUGUGUUGGUGAAUCUGUUGCAAUUAGUUCAUUGCAUUAUGGAGAAAGAAGCUGAGCAAGCAAAGAAGAAAGUUGUCGGUGUGAAGCGGAUAUUUUGCGAGGGAAGUCAGCAACACAACACAGCCGGUGUUUCAUUGUUUACAUUCCCAAAAGAUGCAGUCAAGAUCGAAGAACUCGGACAACAGAGACUCUAACCAGGAGGACUUUGAUUUGGAUACACAGACGCGAUACCGUGAGUACGUAGCUGCGCUUCCAAACAUUU